CUGCUAGAGAAAUGGAUUUUUCCAAAUAUAUAGCAGGUCCUAACAGAAAUAGGAAAAGUUAUUGAAGGCAUAUAACAAUAUGUUAAUAGUUUAUAGAUUUCAUGUAUUAUCAUUGAUAAAAGUGUAUAUCAAAACAACAGACUGAAUGGAAUUAUUCCACAAAGCAUCAUAUUAAUACAAAAAUGUCUUUCUCCUGGCAUCUUUUCAAAAGGCAAUUGCAAGUAAAUAAGAAGAUUUUUACAAAGUCUUGUUUGCUUGAAUCUUUGUAGACUAUAUGAACAGCUGCAAAAUAGUUAUCAAGUUUCUUGAAAAUCAUGGGAUAGCAUAAAUUAUUGAAAGUUUUAGCUAGAGACGAAGAUAUUAAAAUCAGCCAAUAUUGAAAAACUAUCUUUCAGUUUGAUUUCCUGGAUAUCGACAAGUCAAAAUGAGCAAACUUACAGUAAAUGAUUCACUUCAAACGGAUGAUCAGGAUUCAUAGUGAAUUGGAUAUAUUGCUCAAAUCUGAAAGCUUCCGUUGAUAUCUGAUUUUCUAGCGUGAUGCUACAACAAAUCCGAAACGUGGAUAUUGAUUUCAGAUAGCAAAGUGUGUUUCGCGGUUGCAAAGUUGAACUGAAUGAAACAAACUUCACGCAGAGUAAAAAAAAACAAUACAAUAAUGAAAUUAAGAAGGGCUGAGGAGCAAGCUGUUGCACCACUAACGACUCAAGUUAGUUAAAGGUAAAUUAUUCCUUGAAACUAUAACUUGGUCUAUGCAAACAGACAGCUAGGCAUGAAGUGUACAACUUUCCCACCUGUCACUCCAAUGAGUCCAGCAACAAUCUAUGUUCUGGUUAUUGUAAAUAUGUUGACAGCAAUUUCAAGUGUGUUAAUAAAUUUUUGUUUUAUAGUCGGAAUUUUCAGUAAGGAGGCCCUUGUAACGACAACAAACAUAUUGGUAGCAUCAUUGUCGUUAAGUGACUUUCUAGUGGGUCUUGUAACCCAGCCAAUGUUUUUCACACAUCUGUUACUUAACGGACGAAGUUGCAUGAUGGGAGAUCUAACAUUUGCUACCCUUGGAGUAUUCUGUGGUGCUUCGGGACUGUGUCUUCCACUUAUUAGCUUGGACAGAUACAUACGCAUGCGAAAACUACAAUAUUAUUCAAGAUAUGUAACGAAAACCCGCGUAGCUGUGGUUAUAUCUGUUGCGUGGGUAAAUGCAUCUAUCAUGGCCUUCAUGCCAAUGUAUGGUGUGUCACUGGUUGUCUUUUACAGUUUAUUAAUAGCAUACAUGAUAUUCAUCACCUUCAUAAUGAUAAUGGCCUACAUCUCUAUUAUUCGCCAUUCACAAAGAAAGGUAUCGGCAAAUACACCUAAAAGCACAAUCACGGCUACUUCUGCUAUUCAUGGCAGUGCAUCAGGAACGAUAAAUGCGUGGCCGUCGAGGAUUUCAAAAGACAGUAAGAGAAAUGAAAGCGAAUACUCUCGUCAGAUGAAACUGACAGUUACAGUGACCAUCCUUGUUGCCGUGGCAGUACUGUCAUGGUUACCAGCAUUUGUCAUUUGGCUGCUAUGGGCAUUAUGGGUGCCAGCCUCCAAUAACAGCACAAUCAUGGUAACGCUUUAUUACGUUGCUGCCUCAUUAGGCUUCGCAGUGUCCACUAUGAAUCCUUUGUUGUACUGUUGGCGAAUCAGAGAGAUCAGACGAGCUUCUAUCGAUAUUAUGUGGAAAAUCCUACGUUGUGGACAAUAGACCUUGUGGAUGAACACUAACUGCUUGUAGAUAGUACUAACCCUACCCAUUUACACCAGCAUUUCUUUACAUGAAACAAUCAUCUGUGACAUCGUUCUACAUUAUUACAUGCCAUCGCUCACGGGUAUUUUUUGACCAUAGGAAACAAUAAGAAGCGAUCAAGUUUGCAUAGCUUCAACCAGCAAAUAUUAUGGUUAGCAAAUAUUCUUGUUAGCUCUUAAUGUAAAUUGGAGAACAUAUUUCUGGCUUUUAAUAUCAAACCACUGAAAAAAUGUGGUCUGGAACAUAGGGUAAAGCAUACGUGACCCUGCCUGAACGUACAUGGUACCUCUACUAAACGUCCUGUUUCAAAUUCCUUAAACUCGUUGUCCACUAUCUAUUUAGACCAAACAGAUUGCAUUCUAUAGUAUAAAAUGUAUAAGAUAAAUGUAAAUGUAAGCCAAUCAUGAAUUUGGUCUGAUUUCUCUUCUAAAAAGUCUUGUUUAAAGCAGCUUUUACACAGAUUCCAACUGGAUCAAAUUAUGUAACCUUUUACUCGUUUCAAAUUUUACUCCGAGGAAGCGGUUGUGUACAUUGUCAGUAUUGCUCAGUCUCUUGAUAUAGCAAUUGUAGAUUUUAAUGCAAAAAAAUAUUAAG